GGGCACCGGGACAAAUAGAAAAGGGGAAUCUCCUUAAUGGAGACAGCAGGGGUGCAGACUUAGGAUCCCAGUGCAGGGAUGGUGGGAAUGGGCACUGCAGGUGUGCAGACCUGGAAAUGCAGCACAGGGAUGGUGGGAACCCCUCAUAAUGGGCACAACAGGUGUACAGACAUGGGAACACAGUACAGGGAUGAUGGGAACCCUUCAUAAUGGGCACAGAGGGUGUACAGACAUGGGAACUCAGCACAGGGAUGGUGGGAACCCCUCAUAA